GCUCUGCGAAAUGCAAAUGCUUGUGGCCGAAAUGGAGCGCCAUUUUAUUAACCUUUUAGGCGGGGAGACGUAUUUCUCGAUAAAUAUGUGCUCAAAUGUGCUAAAUAAAACCGUUCCCGUCGAUAUUAUAAACCGUUAAUUCCACCUGAUCGUACGCCUCGUAGAGUAGAAUCGGCAUGGAAGAUGGUUUGAACGGCAUUUCAUCCGAGAGCGAGGCCCCAAAUCAUGUGAACAAUGGCGUAGCCUCUCCGAUAAUGGCAAAUUUCUCUGAACCAGAGGAGGCCGUUUCGAAGGAAGACACCGUCAGCAAAGUAAACGGAGACAGUGAGCCGGUUUCCAACCCGGAGGAGUACAGCUCGGAGAGCGACGCCCUGGUGAUCGACGACAAAAAGCCAGCCUCGCCGGAAUCGGAGCUCAUCCCCCACUUCAACCCCUACUUCAACGAGUCGAUCUUCGAGCUGUCCCAGCAGCACCAGAACGACAGCUCGCUCAAGCCCAGCGCCCCGCAAGCCGGCCUCCACAAGCACAAGCGGCUGAAGGCGAAGAACAGCCCCAAGUUGCGCGAGUACGCCCAGUACCUGGGGCUCCAGCCCACAGUGCAGUUCAAGUGCUCGCGAUGCGGACGCGCCGGUUUCGAGUCGCUGACGACGCUCAACGAGCACAUCAUCCAGUGCACCGACGAGCCCAGUGCGGAGCCCCAAGCCCCCGAGAACUCCUCCUCUAGCUUCAAGCUGCGGCGGAAAGUGUUCCUGUGCUCCGCCUGCGGAACGUACUACGAGAACUGGAACUUGUACUUGCACAUGCUGGAAGUGCACAGACGCUACUUGUGUUUAUAUUGUUUGGGUAUGUUUUCAGUAUUAGACGAUUUGUGCUUACACAUCCAAUCGCGACACAACCUCGAGCCCGGCCGCAAAGACACCCUCGACGACUUUUUUAGUGCGUAUUCGGACCCGUGCUACAUCGUGUGCUGUGAAUGCAACAAGCUCUUCAACGAACAAGACAAUUUUUUCUACCAUAAUUGCGCCAAGAAAAGCCAAAAAACCAACAAACCGCAAAAACCCAAACAGCAGAUCCGGCCCGAAGAUCACGUCACCGGCGAAACCCUCAUCAACGGCAAUUGUUCGCAAGAACCCGAAAAACAAAAGACCCCCGCUUCCCCGGAAACACAGACUGACAACCAAAUUGAUGACACCGUCAUCGAAAAACAGCCGGAAGAAAUCGUCUACUCAACCGACGACGAGCUGGAUUUCAAAGGAUUCACCGAGGCCGGAGAGCCCGUCUACAAGAACGACAAAGUGACCCCCGAAAACCCCGAGCCAGAGGACCCCCCGGACGAGGCCAUGGAGGUCGAAGAAGAGCCAAUCGAAACGCGCAAAGUUCCUAAACUCUCACUCAAGCUCAAACCCGGGUCUUUCCCCCAAAUCGAGCAACACGAGCCGGAGAACCCCGAACCCGAAAUCGAGCAAAUCGAAAGCGAGGAGAUCGCCCCCAGCGUGGAGGAGGAGCCCCCCAGUGAGCCCAAAGAAGAGGAGCCACCGGAAAUGAAAAUUGCCGGUCCCGAAGUCAACAUAAUCGAGCUCGAGCUGGAACAGCCCUUGGACAAGUUCGACAUUCGCGUUUUGUUGCAGAAAUGUCUCAACGCCACUGCCCCCUUCUGCAUCUACUGCAACCACGCGCGCAAGAUCGCAGUCAACGGCAAACAACUCGGACUGCACGCGAUUGCCGAGCACCGCUUCUCAGCUGUCGUGAGUUCCAUAACCGCCGAGGAGCUCAUUCCCGAAAGUUUCGUUGCGCGAAUUAAGGAGAGCCUUCCUGAGUUGGAAACCGUGUUUUUCAGUCUUGAAUCUAGUCCCUCGGACGAAGGCGUCACUUUCUCCCACGUUUUUGAGUGUUUCCAGUGCCGGUACUCCACAACAGUUCACAAGGAGCUCUACCUACACAACCGGAAGUCCCACGCGAAAAACCUCCUCUUGUGCAUCAUGUGCAAGUCGAAUUUUUACAGUUAUAGCGAAUUGAUUUGUCACUUGUGUCCCGGAGUUUACAUUCUUGACUACGAUGUCGGUUUCCGGUGUUGUAUGUGUGUUGGGGACGACCUCCCGUCGGCUUUCCGCCUCAUGGUGCACCUCCGGAAACGACACCACGUCUGCGAUGUGUGUCUAGAAAUGUGCCAUAGUCAGUAUCGGUUGUCAAACCACGUCUGGAAGCAUAAAUUACACCACUUUUGCUACCGCUGCGGUAUAGCUUAUAGGAACAAACCCGACAUCACGAGACACCUGUUCUGGAAGCACGGCACCGAAAGCAUGCUUUGUAAAAAAUGCCUGCAGAAGAAGUGGCCCCACGUUUACCACUUCUGCGUACCGCCGACUAGCUUUACGUGCGAGGAGUGCAAUCUAACGUUCACACGAGCUGUUUCCUUGAAAGUACACAAAAGGAUACAUACGGAUGAGAAACCACACGCUUGCACCAUUGACGAUUGCCAGGAGAGGUUCAUUUCGAAGAAGUUGCUAGCGAAGCACGAGCUGAAACACAAGGAACCGCCUGAAGAGCCCAAAGUCGAGGAGAAAGAAGAGAGUAAAGAAAACGGCGAAAAUAAGGAAGAAACUGAAGAGAGUAAAGAGGAAAAGGUGGAGGAGAAAGAGAAAGUUAAGCCGAAAGUCGACGUUUACGAUUUGCCUGAACUGAACCUCUCCGAAAGUGACAGUAGUGAGUCGGAGGACGAGGCGGAAAAAGCGAAGAAAGAGGAAGAAACCAAGGAAGUGGUUGAAGAAAAUCAGAUUGAGAACGAGAUCCUUGAACCGGCCGAAGUGGUCGAGGACCCAGUCCUGGAAAACAAUGAGGUCGUUCUGGAGAACAUUUGGGACGAUUUUAAAAAUUAUCAAGCGAAUAAGGAAAAGUUCGACCACAUGUUCAUCGAUAGCGAGAAGAACGAGCCAAGUCAGGCCGAGCCUGAGCCAGUCAUCGAAAACGAACCUUUGACUCUUGAAAUGGCCCUGCGGGAUCACGACUAUUGCAUAGACCCCGAUAACAAGCCCGAUAUCAGUUUCACUGAAGUGAAACCCGACCUGUCACAAAGCGUGGACCAUGACUAUUGCACCGCCAAGAAAGACUCAGCCAAGCCUGAAACGACCGAGGAAAAACCAGUGCCGGAAACCAAACCGGAGAAGAAGGCCAAUAGCUCAUCGAGCGAUUCGAGCAGCGACAGCGACUCGUCGAGCUGUUCCUGUGGCCCGAACUGUUCCUGCAGCUCAAGUUCGGGCUCUUCCAGUUCGAGUUCGGAAAGUUCCGACUCGGAUUCGUCGACGGAAGAGGGCCGUAAGCGCCAACAAUUGCGGCGUGACCGCCGCCGGCAGCGAAAAAAUAAAGGAAAAGACAAUGAAACCAAAGAUAUUGUCGUCGAUAAUACAGUCCCCAUGGCCGAUAUGCCCAUCCUUGAGUCCGACUUGGAAACUACCGAAAGCGAAACGGACGAAGAGUUCUACGACAAGCAGCCACACCUGAUCGCUAAGAAGAUCCUAGAAGAGAAACGCAACCAAAUCCUCGCGGGGAUCGACCAGGCACCGAACGGUUCCCUGCUCGAGAACAGUCGGGCAGCGACCCCGAACCUCCCCGAGGAGGAGCAAGUCAAGAAGAAGAAAUCCAAGUCGAAGAAAAAGAAAAAGAAGAAGAGCGAACGCAAAGAAAAGUAUAACGCGUCCAACAUUCCAGAGUAUUACUACCAACCCCCGACCGUGGCCCCAAUCACCCUCACCCUGUCGCGGAACUCGCCGGUGCCCUCCCCCAGCGCGAAACUCCCCCCGAGUAACAUUUACCCCAAGAGCGAGGCCGAGUUGCCGCGCGAGGAAAGCGAUACGAGUUUAAGAGCCUCGAAGCGGAGGCGCGUUCCUAAUAAAUUCUACGGUUAUUCGAGCGACGAAGAGGAGGCUCCGAAGUGGCGCAAGACGGAGGUUUUCCCAGUGCAGCCCCCACUGACUGUGCCCCCGAUCACGAUAAAGACAGGGCCGCCACCGGUGCAGCCCUUCCGGGGGUACCCGAACAAGGACACUCCGCGGAAAAUGCCCACGAUCAAGUUGAAGCCGAAGGUGGAGGAUGGGGAGAGCGAGGUGGAGUCGAACGACUCGAGUAACGAGGGGCGGAACAUGCUCCAGGUGAACCCGGACGCGCUUUACUGCUACUGCAAGUGUCCCUAUGAUGAGGUUUCGGAGAUGAUAGGGUGCGAUUCGAGGGAUUGCAGCAUCGAAUGGUUCCAUUUCGAGUGUGUGGGGAUCAUGGUGCCGCCCAAGGGGCACUGGUAUUGUCCAGAGUGUAGGAAAAAAAGACAACAGAAACGAGAAGCGCUCAAAUUGAAGGCGAAAACUUCGUGAAGUGGAGUUUUUGGGUUUACUGUUUAGAAGCUUGUGGUUUUGAUAUUAUUUAAAAGUACGCUUAUAAGUUGUUAAUUUUUGUAAAGUUUUACCACCCAGUAAAUUAUUUUCCUUCUGAUGUGGCCGUUCUUGGUGAUCAUAUUUUUGUGUACACAGCUUUUAACUGGUAAAUUUUUAGGUACUAAAGGUUGUACAUAAUUGUUUUGUACCUGUACAUAGUUACAUUGUGAUUGAAGGAAAUCAUUUAAAUUAAUGUAUUUUGUAGAAUUACCUUUUUUUAUUAUUAAGUAGUUUUAUUUUCUCUUGUCGUGUUUAAUAUAGAACUUUGCCAAAUUAGAUAUGUAAAUCUGUAAAUAUUUUUAUUAAUAUCGGCUCUCUUUACAGAGAACUUUUCCACUGUAUGGAAAAUAUGUUAUCCUAAGAUCUGACUUGAUUUCAGAGUUAAAUUUGAUGUUUGUAACUUUCUGAUAGACAGAAUAAACAUCGGGAAGUAA